AUGCCGCGAACUGGAGCCGUCGUGUCGCCGGCGCUCAGCAUCGAGCUCGACUUUGACCGUGGCUUCUGGGCGGGCGAGAUCAUCUCGGGGCGCGUGGUGCGAAGUGUGCAGGCGGUGAGUCCGCGGGCGUGGGUGACGCUGCGGCUGUUUGGGCGCACCAAGGUCAAGGUGUCGGUGGAGCGGCGGUCCAACAACAAUCGUCACACAGAUGUUUACCGGUCGCGCUUCGACCUGCUGGGCAGCGGGCCCGAGCUGGGCCAGGCGCUCUUCGACGGCGUGCUGCACAUCCCGCCCGGCGGCAGCGAGGCGUGGCAGUUCGCACUAACCCUGCCGGUGCGCCCCAACGCCGCCGCCGUGCUGUUGGGCGAGGUCGAGCAGGAGUACAGCUUCCUCGCCCUCAACCCGAACGUCAUCGCAUCCGGCGGCCUGCCCUUCUCGUUCGCGUACUCGCAGUACCGCUUCGACACCUUCGUCGAGUACGUGCUCGAGGCGCAGCUGGUCGAGCAGCACGGCGCCAAGGCCAAGACGACGGCCACGGCGACGCGCACCGUCUUCAUGCUGCCGCCACCGGUGCCGGCCCUCCUGCACCCGGCGCUGCACCGGGCGGCCGUGUCGCACCACACGGUGCACACGCAGCGGCUGCUGCCGGGCAUGGCCGACGCCGAGCUGAGCUUCAUGGAGCGCACGCGCAAGCUGUUCCACACGUCGUCAGUGCCCAAGCUCAACCUGCGCGUCGAGGUCGAGGCGCCCGAGGCGCUGCAGCUGAGCAGCAGCGGCACGUCCGGGCGGCCGGCGCCGCCAAUGUCGUUCCGGCUGCGCGUGGUGGCGGGGCGCGAGCAGUCGUCGCCGGGCCUCCCGCUGCCCGGCGACGGGAAACGGGCCGGCGACGACCCGGAUCCGGACGAGUUGAAGAUAUCCGUGGUGGGCCUGCGGCUGCGCAUCACGGCGUGGACCGAGGCCGCGGUGCGCGGCCCCAGCAGCUACCACCGCACCAAGAGCCCCGUGGUGCGCGACGUGCGCAUCAGCUGGCCAGAGGGUGGCGGCUUGGGAGUGCCGUGCGGCGACGAUGUGGCGCCGCUCGAUGUCGGGCGCGCCGGCGCGCUGCUGUUCGAGGCGCGGAGCAGCUACUGGCGCGGUGCGGAUAUGACGCCCCGCGGCGGCGACGAGGAGGUCAUGUACCCCGACUUUGUCACGUACAAUAUCAAGCACUGGCACUCGAUGCGCUGGGACGUAGAGCUGGUUGUCGCCAAGGAGACCGUCAAAAUUAGGGGCGAGGGCCCACUGGUCGUCGUGGCGCCGCCGCCGGCCUGAGGCUGGAGUGUGAGUUGGAAUAGAUGACACUUGGAUGGAUGUCUCCUGCGUUGAAAUGCGGGCUGUUUAACUAUCCCAAUUUGAUACCAUUACACACAGCUUCAUAUAAUGAAAACACUGAACCUUAAUUCGCAGGCUCUGCCUGGGAUGAGCAUCAAGGCGGCAAGUAAAGCAAGCUGGGCUAAUUAACAAGCUACUUAUUGAUUGAAGUAAAAAGAUCAAACGAGGAGU